GAAAUGCUCGGGAAACUGGUUUCGCUCCAUUCUCCAGAGACAGAUCCUAGGAGCAACAGGAGGUCAGAAUCCGAGUGUGGUCCCUUGUUUCGCCGUAGAUCGCGUCGAGUUUCGAAGUCACGAGCAAUCGACCCAGCAAACGAGUGCUGCGUUGCAGUGACCAACGGUCCUGCCACGUCAAUAUUCCCCGGGCACGCCGUUGCCGUCACCCUUUCCUCCGCGUGCCGCCUGCUGGACUGUCCUGGCCCUGAACGAGCCGCGCCGCACAGCGCGGCCAUGAACCAGGCUCUCUUGGAGCGCGACGGCGCCCGGCGGGAGUACCUGGAGCAGCGGGUGCUGUACGCGGCGCUGGUGGAGGUGUACAGCGAGGAGAGCGCGGAGGGCGCGGAUGAGCGCCAUGGGGGGGCGGGCUUGGCGCAGCCGUAUGACAGUCAGAACGCGAUAGUGGCGUACCUGAGGAGCGCGUUGGACCCCAUGCUGGCAGCAGCGCCAGCCACCUCGCCCACCACGCACCUAGCUGCCAGCAUGCAGAGCCCACCGUGCCAGGGGCUGUCAGGGCGGUUGGAGCAGUCAGCGCAGCACCUGCUGGGAGUGACGCCCGGGUGCCUGCAGCACGCUGCUGGUGCGGCGGGUGAGGAGAGCAAGGCGUGUCAGAUGAGGGUGCAGCAGCGCGUGAUGGAUGCCGUUGCCUCCUCUGCAGCCACCGUCAGGACCUUCAUCCACUUGAGUCUGGCGGCUGAUGGGGCGAAUGCUGACACCGAUGCUGUCACACGAGUGCGGGAGGAGCUGCGGAGGGUGCAAGAGAGUGAGGCCGCCAUCUCGCGACUUCUCCUCUCAACAGCCACCACACGAGCCAACCUGGCCAAGGAGCACGUGCGGGUGACAGGCGACCUGCUCAGCAUGGUGCAAUUCAAGACCACCAAGCAGCACCCGCUGGACGUGAGGCGGUGUAGACUGGUGCUGGCAACAGCUGCCAUGCUGCGGUGCAAGGAAGAGGCGGUGGAGCAGCAGAUCCGAGCAGCCACGUACACGCCCGACACGGUGCGGUCGCUGCAGCAGAUCCGGAAGCACCUAUUGGCGCGCAAGGCUGAAGUCAGGUUGGCCCGCGACCAAGCACGAGUGCGGCUGCAGCAGCUCAAGUCCAACCCCGAGUUCCUUGCGGUGGCGCGCGACUACAACCGCACCAAGGAGGAGAUGGAGCGCCUGUCGGGGGCGUUUUCCCGUCUGCAGCAUCACGAGAGCGCAGCUGCGCACCGAGCCUCUGACUUCUGACUCCCUUGCCGCCCACAUGCACUGUCACGGGUGACUCGCCGCAAUGCCAUGCAUGCUCCUUUCAGCGGCAGCAGCAUUCCUCAUCUCCACCGUUCCUCAUCUCCACCGUUCCUCACCUCCACUGUUCCUCAUCUCCACCGUUCCUCAUCUCCACCGUUCCUCAUCUCCACCGUUCCUCAUCUCCACCGUUCCUCACCUCCACUGUUCCUCAUCUCCACCGUUCCUCAUCUCCACCGUUCCUCAUCUCCACCGUUCCUCAUCUCCACUGUUCCUCGUCUCCACGUCGGCCUUCCUUAACGCCUUCUCAGACGCGCGCCAUGCUUGCUGCUCUGAUUUUGUCAAAGCGGUGUGGGAACGCCUAUUUGUACUCGAUCGUUCGUUGCGCAUUGGCUGCAAACUGCUCUCUUCUGCAACUGCCCAAAUCCAAACAACCAAGCGCAACCAUCACCAAUGAGUGUGGCCAAUUCAACGCAAUGGGACCUAAUCAACUCAUCAACAGAGUGCUUGGCAGAAAUGCCUUCCUUGCAGCAUUGCCGCACCUGGCAGGGCUGCCCCUUAUUCGCGUUGCACGUUUUUCAUAGCCAGCGGGCUACCCACAAGAGGAGAGCCAAGAUAAGGGAUGAGACUUGCUGGAAAAGCAAGCAGAAGCAGAAGCAUAAGUGCCACAAGCAAAAAAGGGUCGUGUUGCAAAGAAGGACGAGGGGUGAAUGGAGAACAAGAUCACGAGAAGGGUGGGCAGCUCUGGUGGACGAGCUCAGCUGUAACAGAGAGGAACAAGCGCCUGUGAAACUCAUCCAUCGAAAGUGUGACGAUGACGAACGUCUUCAAUAUAAAAGAUCUUCAUGC